GGCGGUGCUGCUGAUGUGGUGUUCAGUGCGCGCACGCGGACAGCGCUCAGAGCGGUCAGCUGUGCUGCAACUUCAGGACUGCUGUGUGUGCGUGCGUGCGUCUCGCGCUCUGAGCUGAAGUGUGCCUCGCGCUGGUUCUGUGUAUCGCGAGCCCUGAAAGCGAGCUCUGCACGUGCACUCACUGUCUUUUUUUUAAUAAUAUUGUUGUUUUUUGUUGUCGUGUUGGGUUGAGCUCAAAGACCGAAGCGUAACAGCAGUAAACAGCAGUCUCUCGCGCGCGCUCGUGCCCUCCACCUGUUUUCGUCUUUCAUCUCUUCUCUGAAGGUCCUGGUACCCCCUGCUGGACUGGAGGUGAUGAGUGUGUGUGGUAGAAAGGCUUUAACGCUGCUGAGCAGUGUGUUUGCUGUGUGUAGCCUGGGCCUGCUGGGCAUCGCUGUCAGCACUGACUACUGGCUCUACCUGGAGGAGGGGAUUAUACUCCCGCUGAACCAGAGCACAGAGAUUCGCAUGUCCCUCCACUCCGGGCUCUGGAGGGUCUGUUUCCUCGCAGAUUCUUCACCGCCUGACAGAGUGUUACCCACCGGGGAACCAGGUAAAGAGAAGGGACGCUGCUUCACCAUCGAGUACAUCAUGCCCACCAACGUCCACCUAACAUCUGAUGUCACAGUCAGUGUUUUGAAGAUGAUCCGCUCGGCCACUCCCUUCCCGCUGGUCAGCCUCUUCUUCAUGUUCAUCGGCUUCGUCCUGAACAACAUCGGACACAUCCGCCCGCACCGCACCAUCCUGGCCUUCGUCUCUGGAAUCUUCUUCAUCCUCUCAGGUCUUUCUCUGGUAGUCGGUCUGGUGUUGUACAUCUCCAGCAUUAAUGAUGAGAUGUUGAACAGAACAAAGACAAACGAAGCCUAUUUCAGUUACAAGUACGGCUGGUCCUUCGCUUUCGCUGCCAUCUCCUUCCUCCUCACUGAGGCUGCCGGUGUGAUGUCAGUUUAUCUGUUUAUGAAGCGCUACACAGCAGAGGAGAUGUACCGACCGCAUCCGGGCUUUUACCGGCCGCGUCUCAGCAACUGCAGCGACUACUCGGGCCAGUUCCUGCACCCAGACGCCUGGACCCGUGGCCGCAGCCCCUCAGACAUCUCCAGUGAAGCCUCGCUCCAGAUGAGCUCCAACUACCCCGCCUUGCUCAAGUGCCCCGAGUAUGACCAGAUGUCAUCCUCCCCCUGCUGAAACACACACACACAUACACAAACACACACACACACACAUGCAUACAGAACUGUGCAGAAAAUCUCCAGGCCAGGCACGAAAACGGCUUAAAAAUAUUAAUCUCAGCAGUAAGAGUUUUGUGUUUUUGUGAAUAUAAGAAAAUAUUACAAUAAAUAUUACAAUAAAUACUAACAUAAAAAGUAAUAUUGUAAAAUGUAUUUUUAGCAGUGUUAUCAAUAUUUUGUGAGACUAUUUUACUGUGUGCAGCUCAAGUCACUGUAUUCGCACCUACAUGUACUUGAUAAUGAUUAUACUAAAUUAUAGUUUAAUUCAUAUAUUUCAAUAUAAUCUAAUUCAAUAUUUGAAUCCAAUUUAAUCUUUGUAUUUUUCCUUCCCUUUUUAUGAUAUCGGCAUUUAGUGAUUGUUGGGCCUGAUUUUAUGGUUUAGGCUGAAGCUUCUUGAUCUGACAUACAGUUGCUAUCAAGCAGGCAAUUUGUAACAUCGUCAAUCAUGAAAAAAGUAGAUUUAAGAACCUCAGUAAAAGAGCUGUUGAUGCUCAUCAGGCUGGAAAAGGUAACAAAACCAUCUCUAAAACCAUCACCAAUCCACAGUCAGACAGAUUGUGUACAAAUUAAAGAAAAUUAAAGACUAUUGUUACCCUCCCCAGGAGUGGUCAACCAACAAAUAUCAAUCCAAGAGCAAGGCGUGUAAUAGUCAGUGAGGUCUCAAAAGACCCCAGGGUAACUUCUAAGCAACUGAAGGCCUUUCUCACAUUGACUAAUGUUUAAUGUUCAUGACUCCACCAUCAGGCGAACACUGGUGUGCAUGGCAGGGUUGCAAGGGGAAAGCAAAAAGCCACUGCUCUACAAAAAGAACAUUGAGAUAUGGCAUUGAUGACAUUGGUAAUGGUCGUGACCAGCAGCAUCUGGUAUGAUCUAGAACUAUAUUUGAAUCCAAUGUAACAUUUGAUUUUUUUUUCUUCCUUUGAAACAUUGAAAACAACCAAAAUCACCCUGGAUACAAACCUCUAAUGUACUGAUGAUACCAUUACCGUAGUACCAAUCAACCUACCAUCCCAUGGGGUAUCAGCAUCCACUUGGCAACACUCCAACAACCACCUCGCAACAUAAUGGCAACCUCUUGAAAUACCACACUACAGUAAUCAUGUGAAACACCUUAGCAAUCAUGUGGAACCCCUAAGCAACCACAUGAAAUGCCAUACCCUAAAAUACAAUAGCAACCACUUUAGCAACCACAAAGAAACACAAAACCCAUAUAGCAACCUUUUAGCAAUAACAUGGAACACAAUAAGACCCAUGUAAGAAACCAUAGCAACCACUUUAAUAUUACUUCGAUAUUAAAUGCAUUAACUGUAUGAAAAAUUUAACUUCUGAGCUUCCACAAUUCAAGUCCUAUGUAUUCGCUUAUUUGUUAAAUUAUAAUAUUAGCAUUUUAGCAAAUAAACAAAAAGACUACUGCUCAGAUAAAUAGCUUUAGCAGAUGUUCUAAGAUUUUUUGCACAGUACUGUACAUCUGUACACCUACAUGAAAUCUGAAGAUGUGUUGGACUUUAUAAGACGGGUCACAGUUCUUUUCCCAGAGUGUCUUUAACGAAAGCUGCCGUUUUUAUUGCGUUCUGAGAGAAAGGAUAUCACCUCCUUCAAUGUGUGUGAGAGUGCCUCUCGUUUGAAUUCCACUGGCAGUGCAGUUUUCUGGAGUUUUGGCUCAUCAGAAGAUGGCAACUCAACCCUCGUACUGCAUUCCUGUAUACAGUAGCUGCUAGUCCAUCAUGCUAGUGUGUAGCGAACAUGCUAACAAGAACCUCUGCCUUUUUUCUAGAACCUUUUUGCUUUUCUAGAACACAUUUUGUUCUACGUUUUCUACAUUGUUAUCAGAAAAUUCAACUCUGUUAUCUUUGUGGUUAUUUAUUUUUUUUCCAUGUGAAAGUUUGUAAAAUAGGAUAGCUGAUAUAGUGUUAUAUCCACAAUUAGCAUUAUCCCAAAGGUGAGAAUCUUUCCAUAGGCUAUUUUACAGAUGUUAUUCCAAUAUCUAUUAACCAUAAAAGAGAAAAAAAUUACAAUUAGCUGUGUUGGCCUUGACUUUAUUACCUGAUUAGUUAUAUAGCCUAUUGUAGCCUUUUUUCCUCAGAAUUAGCUAAAUUAAAGUUCCUAAUCUAGCGCAGAAUCUUUCCUUUUAGCACUUUAUUAUAGAUAGAUUGAUCUGUCAGUCUGAUAGCUGGUGUAGCAGUGCUGGUUUGAGGCAGAUUUAAUGGAGGUGAUACUGGAUUUGCAGCUGUUGGCUAUGAAUGUGCAGAUUACUGUAGUUGCUUAUGGUUUAUCAGUUGUUUUGUUUGUUUUUCAGUGCAAUGCAUUUAACUUGCUCUUAAACCUUCUAUUUACAGUUAUUUAUUCACCAGCACUUUAUUGAUACAGCUCUAUAUUUUUGCUUAUUUUCAGAAAAUGAAAAGCUUGACCAAAAUCUCUGAUCUUCAAACAUUGUUGGAAAAAGUAAGCAAAAUAUAUUUUAAUUAAAUUAACCAAGCAGUUAAUUAGCUUAGUCGUGGUAUAUGAGAUACAGUAUAUACACAGUAACGUCAAGUUAAGAAUAUUAUGACCACCUUACUGUUUCUACUCUUGUGGUCUGUCUGUUUCUCUGUGCACUUUAUUAUCCUCCUUUUACCUUGUUUCUCAAUGGCCAGGAUGUCAUAAGCCCUAUCCGGACGGGAUUAGUUUCUCAGGGGGUCCUGGGGUAAUUUUCUCUUUUAUGUGGGGUCCUCUGUAAUUUUAUUCCAGCCUUUUUUGCUGAACUCCAUGGUUAUAAGGUCAUUUUAGUCCCAUCCAGACACAAAUCUAUGAGUUUUGUCACCUCGCAUUUAAUAAAAUAGCUAUUUGUCCACUGCCACGCACCGUAAUUACACGUUAGACGUGUUUCCACGGAGAUCCACUUAAACACAAAAGUGAGUGGAAAUGGAGGAGCUACUGAACGUGAUGUCAUGUGACCAAGAAAGACAAAAAAAAAAAAAAACUCAUUGGUCCUCCUGUUUUUUUAAUUGCAGUCCGGAUGCAAGAGUUUUAUCACUGAGUAGAAGUGUAAAAUAUUUCUCACAGAUGUCCCCCUGAAAAACGAAUCCCAUCCGGAUAGUCAGACCACCACAGAGCAGCUACAGUAUUUUUUGGGUGUAUUAUUCUAUUUAUCUUUGCUAUUUGGGCUAUUUGGCACCUAAUUAGUGUAAAAACAAAGAAUUAGUACAAGAAUUAGACUUUAGUUUUAUAUUUCGACAGAACGCAAUGAAGUCACAAUUAGUAAUGACAUACAUAUAAAUUAAAUCAAAUAGAAUAAAAAUAGUGUUUUGAAACAAAGUUGACAUACAGACUCAUUCACAUUAUUAAAAAAAAAUUACUGAAGAUGUGUCUAUUUAUUGUACGAUAAGUCGAUUAUUGUGACAGGCAUAAUCAAUCAGUGGUCACAUGAUGCAGCCUACAGGAAGCUGUAGUAUGCAGAGAAACAGAUACAUGAUUACAGUCUGUAAUUAUAGAAUUAAGAUAGAAUUUUAUGCUCUGUGGAGCUGAUGAGAUGGACAGUAAUUGUAGUAACAAGGAUGUGGUCAUAAUAUUUUAUCCGGACUGUGUUAUUUACGUUUACGUUUUUUUUAUAACAAACAAACUUAUUUAGUGAAAUUACAAUUUAUUUCCAUUGUUAAACUGAUCAUGUUUGUAGAUUUAAUGUGUUUAUUUACAGUUUGGAUUGGUCAUAUUAAUCAUAUUUUACUCACCGGACACAAACUUUUUGAGACUAUGGGUUAAACACAGGUUAAUAACAUCCACUUGUGGUUAGUUGCACAUCUAGGACUGGUAAAGUUUGUCCAACCAAGUAACAAGGCAGAAGCAUGUUACAGUACCUGGAGUGAUUCAUUUGUGUCCGGUUACUUUUGUACACCUUUCGGGAAGUUAGGAUUAUACAUACGAACUGGAAUAUUCUGAUUCUUUCUGAAAGAUUUCACAUACAGUAGAUAUACUACAGUACAUUUCUGAAAUAUAUAUGAACAUGUUCUUUAAAUAUUAUUUUAUUAAACCAUUAAAGGUCACCUUCCGUCGUUUUUUCUUUCAUUUUAAAAUGUCUAGUUGUGGUCUCUAGUAUGAAUGAAUGACAUGUGAGCCGUUUUUGUAAAAAAAAAAGUGCUCAGGUGUCUCUGUAUAGCUCUUUUUUAAUGGACUGUUUUAGGGGUGUGUCCAAAAUGACCGGAUUCCAGCUUUGCUCAUGAAUAUUCAUACAUGCAAACAGCAUGCAAAUAUCUCUCCUCUGAUUGGCUAGGAGCACUGCGACGCCCCUCCACCGCUCUGCCGCUCACUGCCUCCCACCUCCUAACUGAUGAGCGGUGAUGUUGCGUCGCUUCAGCUCCGCCUCUGGGAGUUUCUCGAGCCAAGGUGGGCUGGUCUGUGAGUUUCUGCCUACGUAGGCAGAAAGAUAAUUCAAAAUUCACCCGUUUUUCGGAGGGGGG